AUGACUGGCCCAACUCUGACUGCGACGGUUUCACCCGCCCGAGAGUCAACACAGUCAUUCCACUCUUCUUCUUCUGCGCCGUCGCAUUCCACUCCAGACCUGGAUUUGCGUUCUAACACCAUCAGCCGGAGACCAUCCUUAUCAGCACACAACCGAUCGCUGAGCGCCACGAGCUUGCCGAGCUUACCGACCUUUGACUUACCCUCCUUCGACUUCGACAGCGACCUCGACACCACUCUCACCUUUUCCCGCAAGCCAUUGGAGAACACUGCAAAUGAGAAACCUCAGACCGUUCGCACCGACGAGACUUUGGGGGUCCCAAGGCCGAGGACAUCAAAAAUGGGCAAGAGGAGGACCAUGCUGAGCCGCCCACAAUCUUGGAUGCCGUCGUCGAAAUCCACCCCUGACGUGGGAGAAAUGACCAUGGAAGACGGUUAUAGGGAAGCCGGCGUCACGAAGGAAGAUGACGGAUCCAAGUUUCUCAACCCGAAUUCGCAACAGGAGAGAUCUAGAAAUGUUUCAAAGUCGUUCGCCUCUCUCGCCAAACGCUCGUGGAUUUCCGCCUCUAGGUCACCCUCGCCCGGAAAGAGGAAAGAGGAGUCGGAAAGGGCACCCGAGAGUGAUGUUCGACCGAGCCGUGAACGAUCUGCUAGCAACAGCUCUAUCAUGAAGCUCAGAAAGACAAACAGGAAGCGAUCAGGAUCUCCCACUGAAGGCGAAGGUGGAAGGACGGCAGACACUUCGGGCAAGGGGAAAAUCGGCAACUAUCUUACGAAGAUCAAGUCCCGACCUCAAAAUGUACUUGCGAAGGGUAAGCUCCAGAGUGAGUUCAACAGUCCGGCAUCCUCGACGACCAGUCUUGCGCCGCCAUCCACCGAUACCCGCAAGUCGCAUGCGUCUGAAACCAGCACGAGCACGUAUCCUGAAGACGUUUUACCCGUACCGAGGUCGCCGCAGGUCCGAGACCCCCUAUGGUCGGUAUUCAAAGGCGUCGAGACGGAUUUCCACAGAUUCCAGGUCAAGUCGACAAGCCUGAAGAUGAACUUGGUUAGAACUGCGCUCGUGCCGUUCCUACGCAAACACGCCUGCCACUCAUCCAACAAGCAUUUACACCACGAAGACCUAGAACGCAGAGCUACUAUCCUCAAUAAGUGGUGGUGUGGGCUUAUCGAGAUGCUCGAGGGAAAGACCGAAACGCCAGUCCCCGGAGUCGACAGGCCGGUGCUGUUGGACGCCACAAGCACAUUGAUGAUGCGUCCCGAAUGGCGCCAGAGCAUCAUUUCUUUCACCCCUUUAGCGGAUCGGAGCCCUCGAGAACGCGUGUGGAGGUCGUCGCAGUUUGCCCCGAACGAAUCGUCCAGCUCGGUUGAGACGACAGACUCGGCUUACCUUGCCGAAUCCGCAAGACAUAAUGUCAGGACCAUGUUCAUUUCCAACUUGGUCUCCCAAAUGGCGAUCGUGGUCGAUAAAAUGGCUAUGCGACAUGCUCCAUACAGCAUUGUCAACUUUGCUGGGAAAGCUUGCGCCUAUGCUUUCUUCUUCGCCCCUGGCAUUGCCGACGUACUUGUUCGACUUUGGUCUCUGACGCCAAACUUGUUGCGCAGAGCAGCCGACGAGUUCGAUCUCCCUCGACGAAGCAAACGCGAGAGCGAUGAUAUCGUCGCCCUAUUCCCACCAUGCAUUCAUGCGCUAGGCUGGACCUCGGUCAAGGCCAUGUCCGACUCUCUGCGGCAAGUCGCCAAAGCACCCCUUGCGGCGACCAAGAUAGCCUGGCACGGGCCUUGGAUAUCGAGGUGGAAUGGACGCGACAGCGAUGUCUUCUUUAUAUUCUGCAAAUACUAUUUCAUUCUGGCCCAAGAGUUCCUCCCCUCGGAUCUGCCGCUCGUCGAGAAAGCGCGAGCGCCUGCUUUUGUCCUUAUCAACGCCCAGAUUCUUGCUAUUCUGGACUCUACCAUACACCGGCAAGCGGCUGUAGAGGCCAUGUCUGGGCCUCCACUUGCAGAUGCGAUUUAUGGCGCAGACGCAUCAAUUAUGGCAUCACAGGUGACGCCGAACAACAGUAACAUCAUGAAAGGGAUGAACGAGAACAGGCUGAUCGUUCUGCUGAAAGACUUCCUAUCCGGAGCCUCCAUCACGUUCACAGAUGCCCGGAAUACCUUCGCCGAGUCGUUCAUGGCCUUGAUGCAAGCUGCUGCGAAACGUACUUCUCAGUACGACCACAAUGCUUGCUUCACCAUCUGUGAUUUUCUUGAGGAGUCGCUGGUAGCAUACGAUAACUUUGUCGAUGUGCAGAGACCCGAUUUGACGUAUGCAAACUGGCCGUUUUGGUUCGAUGUCUGCCAGAAGAUUCUCGAGUCAAACAAUUCGAUGUCAGAGAUCCGAGUCUUGUCUCUCGUUUUCUCUAUCUGGGAUACCAUCUCGAGCGAUCAGGGCCGCAAAGAAUCAGUCUGUCUAGACUGGCUACUCACCGAGGAGACGUUCGAUAGAUUCUUCAACAACUGGUGCCCAAUGGUUCGGGCGUACUACAUGCGUCUCUUGUGCUGGAGAAUUUGUAGAGACGCCGGUAGUGCGAACGGAACAGAUGCGAAAAUCUUCGUACUGGUCUCUGCCCGAUUGAAGACGGUAUGGUCACACUAUCUCUGGCUUAAGCAGACAGCGGAGAAAAACGUGACCAUCCCACCGUCCACGGCACCUUCAUUUCCAACUCCCGGGAAGCGGUUCAUGAUCAUCCGCUCUGAAGUUCCCACUGUCCACCAGGGUUUGAUGGUUGGCUUUGACUCUUCGUCGUCACAACAGGAUAUGGCGUCGAACCCAGCAACUGAUUUCGAUUCGAUAUCCAUGGACUUAGCCGAUCCGGAAUGCAGCAGCAAUCAGAAGAAGAAAUGGGGCGUCCUCGGCAAGAUGUUUUCGUUCAACGGCAGUACUUCUGGCGACAAUGACCUGGAUGCCGUGCGGCGAGAUACGGCAGCAUCCAGGACUAGACCACCUCUGCCACCAAAGUCGUCCAAUAGCGUCGUCAGCCCUCCGGGUUCUGAUAGUGACAGCAUGGGCUCGUCACCUACUUACGAAGCCACCCAAUACGUCUUUAGGUUCACACUCUCAUGGAAUGCUGCUGGCACCAUGUCGCCGCCUAAUCGUAUCCUCACUCGACCGCGUCUGCCAAAUCCUGCCCAGUCCUGGGUCACUGCCAAGGGCCGCAGUGGGAGCCCACCCCCGCCUGCAGCUGGCCGGCCUGCACCAACCCGAGCUGUCUCUGGGAGCCCCAUGCCUGGCCUAGUCGCCUCCGCAAAGAAUGCCGGGGUUUCAGAAGCUCCCGCAAGUCAGCUCAAUCUUUCCACGGCCCUGGACAGACAAAAUAGCAUUGAACUGGCAAGCCCCAUCGACCAAGAUGACGACGACUUGCCUAUGAGAAGUCUCACAGCUCCCACACAAGAACCCAUUAUUACGCCAGUCCAGCCGAAGGCUUUUUUCGCUUCCACCGUGAAGUACGCUGGGCGCGCCCUAGCUGAAUGGAGUCUCGUUGUUGCGGAGUGCAACAGCUUCGUGGAUCGCAGACGAGAUGAGGGCGUGCUUGGCCUCAGCGAGGUUGAGGUACCAGCACUGGGGGUGGAGGGCUUCAGAAAGCUGGACAGAUAG